AUUAAGUAUGUCUUUGCUAACAAUUUUUAUUGUUUGCGUCUUAACGUAUUCGACAUUUGCUGAACAAGGACGUUUCAAACGCGUUCUUCUUCAAGGCGAUGGUGACCUUGCAGCGGCCGUUCAACUUCUGACUACUCAAGUCAACCAACUGACCGCUGAGGUAGCAAAUCUAAAACAGCAUAAUAAUGGGGGCGCUGUGUACAUCAGAUGGGGACGAACGGUUUGUCCAAUGAACGGAACAGAUCUAUUAUAUACUGGAUUUGCUGCGGGCAAUUUCUACAAUGAUUAUGGUGCUGCUGAUUUUCUCUGCCUAACGUCUGACCCUCUGUGGGGGGUGUACGAUGACGCUGAGCAUUCACCAUCGGCAAAGGUGUACGGGACGGAAUAUCAAUUUUCUGAACAGCAUUAUGCAAACGGAGGAACACAAUUCUUUGGGAAGAAUUUGCAUGAACAUGACGCACCAUGCGCAGUUUGUCACACUUCUCGACAAGCCAGCGUCAUGAUUCCAGGCAGAAACCAGUGCUACCCUGGAUGGACAAAGGAAUACUCUGGCUAUCUGGUCGCUGGAUUAUCUGGAACAUCACAUAAAUCGCCUACCAACUACGUAUGUUUGGAUUCUGGAGCCGAGUAUGAAAGUUCCGACUUCAGAAACGACAACGGAAAGUUGAUGUACAUGGUUGAAGCUAUGUGUGGGUCACUUCGUUGUCCUCCGUAUGUGCAGUACCGUGAAAUAACGUGCGUUGUGUGUAGCAAAUAA